CAGGGCUCAUUAUGACAAUACUAAAAAAUCAUAUACGAUCUAAACACCUCAAGGUUAGAAAGGAUGUUGACAAAAUAAUGCAAAAUCUUAUGGCACUUUCUCUUGAUGGCAUGGAAAGAGGAAUAGUGGUUUUCACUAAGUAUGAUUUUGAGAAACAUGAUUUAGAUAUUGAUGAUAUCAAAGAUCUUGUCAUCAGCGUUCCGACUCCAGACAAAAACAUUGUGUGUGAUCAGAAUUUAUUGGAAGAGGAUUAUUCAUUUUUCUUUGUUCAUCAGACCAUUCAGGAACUCCUUGCGGCAUGUGAAAUGGCUAAUCUUAAUUUGUUGCAGUACAAAGAACUGAUUGACAAACAGAUCCACACUUCCAAAUAUGGUGUUGUUCGACAAAUGUUAUGUGGGUUACUGUUUAACAAAAGUACAGCAAAAAUGAGUUUUCUCAAGAAUCACUAUAGAGAUGACUAUAUCAUUGAAACAAAGCAAGAGUAUUUGCUGGAUUCUCUACGUAAGGAUUUGAAUGGUGGAAAUAUUCCACCAAUGAGAAUGCUCAACAUUUUGAUCUGUCUUUGUGAGUGUGGAGCUGACGAAAGAAUUGUGCAGUUGGCUAAGACAAAUAUAAAAAAAAUCUACUUAUCUGGAAUUCCGCUCACAACAAGUGAUCUUCAUGCAUUGGGAAGCGUUACCUAUCAUUGUGAUCGACUCAGUAUAAUGGCGUUGGACAAUUGUCAAUUGAAUACUUAUGACCUCAAAGUUUUAUCAGAUGAACUUGGAGAUUCAGAUGUAGAGAUUACAGUGUUUGAUGUGUGCUUCAAUCGCAGUCUUCUUAAAAACAGCAUGUAUUACUUGCACAAAAUCUGCAUUCGUGGCCAAGGAUUGAAUUAUUGGCAGUGUGGUUUCAGACAAAGUGACAUAUUAGAUUUUGAUGAAAAGACUGCGAAGAAUGCUGCUUUAGAUGUUCAUGAUGUAACAGUUCAAGGUGCUACAGAAAAACAGCAAAUUAAAACCAUGCUACAAGACCAGAAAAUACUUGAUUUCAGCGACUACAACACACAACAUCACUUUCCAACAUUAGAAGAAUUGAUUAUCGAAGCAAAUACAAAGGACAGUGUCAACGUAAGUUUAACAGAAUAUGAAAGAAAUUCGGUUUUAACAAACCUUUGCCAGUUAUUGAACCAAUGUAUCAAAAUAGGAGAGUUCAAAAUAUCUGAAUGUGAGUUAACUGAGAAUCAACUUGAACAAAUUAUGCAAGCUAUUCCGGAACAAGAGAUCCAGAUGGUAAACGUGUUUCUGACACCAGAUAUACAACCAAAUGGAUGGAAAAUAAUUGGCGAAAUCACUAAAACCUUCAAAGCAAAAACUCUUGCUGUUACAUCUUGCUCAUUGACGAAAGAAAAGCUUGCAGAACUUAAAUUAUCUCUCGGCCAGUGGACGAUAGAUAGAUUUGACUUGAGUCGAAACAGCAAUAUGGAUGUAAGUUGCCUGAAUCAAGUGGGUGAAAUUAUUCGAAAUUGUGCAACAAAUGAUCUGGUCAUGGGAUACUGCAACUUGACCAGUAAUCAGAUGAGCAGUUUAAAAGCCUCCUUACAUGGUGAAAAUGGACCAGCAAAAUUACACAGAAUCGACAUAAGUGGUAACGAUAAUUUAGGGGUUGAUGGUUUCAAGGCACUGGGACAAAUUUCUGACAUGUGUGAAACGAAAGAGCUUGAUGUUAGUGAAUGUGAUCCAUCACCACAGGAAAUCAGAAGUUUUAAAGAUGCAGUAAAUACUGAAAAGCUUACGAAACUGAACGUGAGCAGAAAUCGGAAUAUGGGAGAAUGGGGUCUUUAUUACAUUGGGGAACUCGUUGGAAAAUGUAAAUUGAAAACUUUGUUUGUUCGUCAAUGUGAAUUAGAAGAGAAAACUCUUGCAAAAUUUGCAGAAGGCAUGAAGAAAGCAAAGAUUGACUUGCUCAGUUUUGGUCUGUAUUUUAUGAAGCCGAGAAUAACAACGCAAGCAGAAAUAGACAUUUUACUAAACUUGUUACCAAAUGUAAAUAAAGAACUAACAUUGGACGCAUGGUCUUUUGGAUCACGUAAAAAGGAAUAUGAGAAACUACUGCAGGACGAACUAGACAAACUUGAAUUCAUUGAGCCAGGAGUCAAAAUUGUCUUUGAACGAGGUCAGGAACGAUAUGUACAACAAAGGAAACCUAGCGCUUGAAGUCGAAAAAAAUGUGACAAUUCCACUAAAUGGGAUAUAUCUGAGUGUAGUGUUCUUUGUUCACGUCAUUUUUAAUCUGUGACUCCGCCAUGAUUUAAUUUCAUAUAAUACAUUUUUCAAUUUUCAAUAAAUAUUUCAGUAAUUAAAUUAUUUAUUUUUUAAUUAUCUUCCAGGUUUUUGACUAACUUUUCUUAACAUAUAUGUUUUAUAAUAAACACAUAUUUUACUUA